AGUCACGACUUCGACGUUAUCGGAUUUCUAGAACUGUUGACACGUAAACAAAUAAAUUGUGCAAAAAUUAGUCAAUUGUGUAGUUGAAUGCACUUAAUUCACUCGUUUUUCUAUCCACAAUUCCUUCAAUCGCCCUUUUAUUUCCAUCAAAAUAAAUUUGAACGGCUAUUCGUGCUUUAAUCGUUUGGUGUUAAAUUUCUUCAACUUUGAGGUUAUGUGAUUGUGUCAGUGACCCGAAAAGGCUUUAAAUUCGUGUAAAAUGUCGGCACCGCAGCACCACUUCAUGCAAGGCUUGAACAACUCGCAACAAACCGCUCUCAGGAACCAAUUCGCGUCGACAAUGCAAAGUCAGAUGGGCACUACCAUGCAAAACCAAUUACCCGUCCAUAUGGGCAACCAGAUGAACAACCCCAUGAUGUCCCAAAUGGCCUCAACCUUAAACAACCCAACAAUGCCAAACAGCCAAAUUAUGGGCCAACUCAACCAACAAUACGCCAUGAAUCCGGCGAAUCAAAUAGCCCAACACCAAGGGGGCAACAUGCAGAUGCAGCAGGGCUCCAUGGAAUUUUCAAAUAAUUUGCAACAUCACGCCAUGCAAGCCAACCAAGCGCAAAUGGUGCAACAAGGGGGCGCCGUGGCCCCAGCGCCCCAAAUCCAAGCCCAACAGCAACAACAGCAGCAAUCAAAGGAAUUUAACACAGCCUCCUUGUGCCGGAUCGGGCAGGAGACAGUCCAGGAUAUUGUGAGCAGGACCCAGGAGGUGUUCCAGACUUUGAAGACAAUACAGCCCCCUAACGGAACCCCGCAGUCGUCGAACGCAAGUAAUGAGAAGAAAGCCAAAGUCCAGGAGCAGCUCCGCACGAUUCGAGUGCUUUUCAAGCGAUUGCGACUCAUUUACGAGAAGUGUAACGAAAAUUGCCAACUUCAAGGCAUGGAAUAUACACAUAUCGAAAGUUUGAUUCCUUUCAAAGAUGAGCACGACCCCAAACACGAUGAGAAGAAGAAUUCGGAGGCCUAUCGCUUGGCUUGUGAGGAGUGCAAGGAGGUCAUGGAGCAAGUGAUUUUGAAAAACAAACAAUUAAAGGAUGUGAUUGAUCACUUGAGGAGGAUUAUUUGGGAAAUUAACACAAUGUUGACAAUGAGGCGGUCUUAAAUUAACUUGUACUUAUUAUUAAUUAAGAAAAUAAAGCUUUUUUCUAUGA